AUGAUAGAUCAACGAUGUUCUGAUAGUAACGAGUCUAGGCGAGAUAUACCUUCUUUUAUCGAACCUAGACCACCUUUAAUAUCUAAUCCUUUUAUGCGUCCUCGACCCCAGAAAGGCACAAAUCUGUUGGAGUUAUUUGAAGAAGAUUCUGAUUGUGAAGAACCGGAGUUGGUGCAGGUUUAUUUAAGGCUAAAACCUUGUAAUAUUCCAAGUAAUUUAUAUGAAGUAAAAUCAGAUCGCUGUUUAAUUACAUCUUUGGAUACUGCUACUGUGGGUCAUGGACGGCGUACUCAGCAUAAUGUAUCGAAAAUGUAUUCGUUUACUCAUAUAUUUGGGCCAGAGGCGAAUCAAAAAGAAUUAUUUGAACGUGUUGUAAUGGAUAACUUAAAAAAGUUGCCUGAAGGAAAUAGUUUCACUUUACUUACAUAUGGAGCUUCUGGUUCAGGCAAAACAUUCACGCUCAUGGGUACAGUGGCAGCGCCUGGUCUUGUUCCUCGAUCUCUGGAAUAUGUUUUCAGGGUAGUAGAUGCAGCACAGAAACCUUUAUAUAAACCAGCCGACAAUGGUGCGGAGAAGCUUAGCAAGGCUGCACAAGAGCAUGAGCUGCAGUUUGUGAAACAGAUGCGACAUGUGUCAGUACCAUUAAGAGAUAAAUAUCGCCGAAUGAGUGUACAGCUAAGGAAUGAUCUUGCCACUAGUGAUAUGCCUAGAACAACAGAAUACUAUGUUUGGGUAUCCUUUGUGGAAAUCUACAAUGAAGGUAUUUAUGAUUUGCUUUCAACGAGUGACAGGAGUGCUGCCUCAAAGCUUGUCAUUCGGGAGGACUCCAAUGGCAAUGUUUAUGUCAAGGGAGCAACACAAGUAUUUGUGAGAACUGGGGAGGAGGCUUACGAUGUUAUGGUGGCUGGAAAACAUAACCUACAAGUCGCGGCUACCGGAGUGCAUGCACACUCCUCUCGUUCACAUUGUAUCUUCACCAUUACUAUGCUGACACAAACUGAUGUGGGUUGCCGCGUGUCGAGCGUACGUCUGUGUGAUCUGGCGGGGUGCGAGCGCGUGAGACGCACGCGUAACGCCGGCGCGCGACUGGCCGAGUCCCGUGCCAUCAACUCCUCGCUGCACGUGCUGGAACGCUGCUUACGAACACUGCGCAGGCGGCAGCGUGCUGGCAGAGACGCGCUCGUGCCGUACCGGGAAUCGAAGCUAACGCGUCUUCUUGGCGCUGGCUUGUCGGGCGCUCGUGGGGAAGCGGUCAGCGUUGUUGUAACCCUCAACCCGGCACCCGAAUGUGCUCAUGAAACUAGACACGUUUUACAACUGGCCGCGGUCGCAAGAGAUAUCCAGGUUAACAACACAGUAUCUGAAUACUCAUCCCUGGAGAUGACCUCACACGCGGAUACAAUAAUAGCUCACAACCCAGAUGUGAUGAAACUUCGAUCUGAUAAUGAGCGAUUGCAUUUCGAACUAGUUCGGGCCCAAGCGCGAAAUAAAGAAUUGUUGGCUGCAAUGGAAGAACGUCAGGCUAAAACGGCGGACACUAUAAAGGAAUUUGUUGCCGAAGCUAAAGACUUGACACGGCAGUAUUAUGAAGCACGAAUGCAAUCUCUGAGGGACGAGAUGGAAGAAAUGAAAGAGGAAUACGAAGCUAGAUUAAGCAAGCUCGCAUCGCAAGCACUAUCAUCUAGUGAAGGCACACCGUCUCGUGCUUUACAAAACAAGAUAUCACAACUUAUGAGGGAGAUAGCUAUUCUUGAGGAAAAACUUUCGGCUGAAGAACUGGCACGCGCAAGAGCUGAAGAAGAGCUUCAACACUUACGAGCUUGCAUUGAUGAGAGAGAUGAAAAAGCUUACGAUGACGCUCAGAACCAAAACGAAGAAGUAACGUCUGUUACUGACAGUGAAGAUGAUGGUGACGAAGAAGAAGAAGACUCGUGCAAUGAAAGCCUUGAACCAACAUUCAAAAAAGAAGAUAUAAAUCGAUCACGAUUAAUGAGGCAAAGUUUAGCCAACGUAAAUCAUACCACAAACGAUGACAUUGAAAUUGAUGAUAACGGAACUAACAGCGUAAUAGAUGACAUAAAUAAUCACACAGUAGAAAAGAUUAAUGGCGCCCAUUCAUUAGAAAACUCUGGUGACACUUUAAAAUAUAGUGAUGUCGAUAAUGAGAAAACAUAUACUAGCGAAGUCGAAGAUAGUGUUACUUGUGAAGAAAAUAAUAAGGAAAUUGACGAAGGACUUGGCGAGAUAAGUAGACAAGUUGACUAUGUAAAUGGUGAUAAAAGUUUUAAAAAAGAAGAAGUUAAAACAUUUAAUUCUAGCAAUAGAGAGAUGUAUUUUAUCAAUGACGACGAGACCGUUCUUAGCUCUAGUGAUGCGGUUGAAGAGAAAUCUAAAAUGCAAAUGUUACUACGUGGCACAUAUUUCGUAAGAAGAUCUCAAGACGACAGCAAGUCUGAAAAUUCUACACAAGAAGAACAAGAAAGUAACUUUACUGUUGAACAAUGUCAAGUUAAAGAAAAACAUGAAAAUACCGAGCAGAAAGAAGAAAUCAAACCCAAAGUAAAUAUGCCUCUCGCUAUUUCUGAUACGUUAGUGAAUAAAAUACUGAAUUCCCUGAAAUCAAAUUCGAGUGUUCAUAAUUCCAACACUUCCCUAACACAAUUUGAGCAACUAGAAAUGGCAGCAAAUGAUUUAGAUCCUGAACCAAAAAGAAAUACUUUCGAUGCACUUAGAAACAUAAAAAUUCUCAAAGAGAAAAGAAUCUUCUUCUGUGAUAAUAUUCCCGAAGAGCCUUCAAAAGACUUACUUAAUACAGAAUCAAAUAAAGAAAGUAAAGUCUUUUUCGAUAAUUUAGAAGUUAAUGUCGAAAACGAAGACAAUAAAAGAGUGUCGAGGAUUAAAAAUAUUGCUAAUUUAAAAAAUGAUGAUGUGAGGUCACCAUCCAUUGUUAAAGAAGAAACUACAUGUGAUUUUAAGCAGAGCACAAUGAAGAAGCUUCUUGGGGAGAGUUUAACUAGACAAGCCGAUCCAAUUUCUGUCAUUCAUAAGGCGAAUAUUUUAACUAAGAAGAGUAAUUCCAUUGACGUAUUUGAAGGUUAUGAUUCACCACAAAUUGAAAUACCUCCAAAAAGCAAACAAGACGACGUAGAAAAUUUACGGAAAUCUAUCGAAAGUACUGUUUUAUCAAAUGAACUUGCCAAAAUAGAUGUGAAAUGUAAGAUAAAAUCGGAAAAACAUGUAGAAAAAGAAAUUCAAGUAGUUCCCAAACCUCCAAAAAGCAAGCAAGACGACGUAGAAAAUUUACGGAAAUCUAUCGAAAAUACUGUUUUAUCAGAUGAACUUGCCAAAACAGAUGUAAAAUGUAUGAUGAAUUCGGAAAAACACAUAGAAAAAGAAAUUCAAGCAGUUCUCAAACCAGUCGAAGAUAAUACACUCCAUGUAGAAGCGAACGCAAAAGGGGACAAUACGCUGGACGAAUUCGAAAAAAUUUAUAGAGACAUAUCGGAACCGAGAGCGUCGAAAUUUGAUCUGUUGGAAGCGGAGGAUGUAAACAUGAGUAACACUACUAAGGAUACAACUACCGAAGCGCAGGAAUUUGGAGAAACGAAGUAUAACUUGAGGAAGAAACAGAAGUCUGAGAGUCAGGCAAAUUGCGAAAAUAAGGGCAACACAAAGAAAAGUUUACGGUUGCGAAGGCGUAAAAAUCAAGACAAUGACAGUUCCGAUCAAGAGAGAAGUGCCAAAUUGAAAGACAUCGUCAAUUUGCAAGAAGAAUUCUCUGACGUUACAAUGGACAUGCCGGCGCCCAAGAAGGAGGUCAAAGAUAUAGCUUCUCCUGUUAAAAUUGAGGAAGAGGAGAAUCUGCCUCCAAUGCAAGGAAUACAGAGCUGUCCUUCGAAGAGUGUAACCCGCAGUAGAAGAAAGCUAUUCACGCCUCGUGCGGAACCUCUCGAAGAGAGUUUGAGUCAGGUGGGCGACAGUAAUGAACGCGUCCGUGUUCCGAGGCCGUCGUAUCACCGUCCUAGAGCCCGACGCAAGCUCUGA